UAGCAAAUGCAGAAAAAAAAAGAGUUAAAGUGGAUACUUCCAAAAGAGAGAAGCCCCCAAAAUUCAUUGAGCUGGACUGUGGGAUCCAUCUUUGUUUUUCUUCAUUUCCUUGCAUCCUCUGAACAUCAUACUUUCAACCAGAAGCAGAAAUAUUAAAAUUUCAUGAGCACAGUUAUACCCACUGAACAGCAGUUCACCCUUUGUACUACUCACUGGCAGAGCUAGGAUACACUGAGUGACUUUAAGCAAGUCACUUUCAGUCUCAGACCCCUUGUUAUUGCAUCUGUAAAUUGGGGAUAGUGAUACUAUCUCCUCUUCGUAAAGUGCUCUGAAAUACAGGAGCUAAAUUUUAUUAUUAUUCAGUAUAUCAGACCUUGCAAAAUACCCCUGCAAGUGAGAGAGAAGCUACAUCAAAGGAAUUAUUUUGGAGAAGUUCUAUGGCCUAUGUUACACAGGAGGUCAGACUAUAUGAUCACAAUGGUCCCUUUUGGCCUUGUAUCUCUGUCCACUAGUAUCUUUGGAGGAUAUUAAGCAGAAGCUACUAAAGUAAGACAUUUUGAAAUCAGCAGGUUCAGAUAACUUGCAUUUGAGAGUUUUUAAAGAGUUGGCCGAGGAACUUGCUGUACCAUUAAUGUUGAUUUUCAAUAGGUUUUCAAACAGUGGGGAAGUUCCAGAAGACUGGAAAAAAACUAAUGCUGUGCCCAUUUUAAAAAAGAGUCAAUGGGAUGACCUGGGUAAUCACUGGCUUAUCAGCCUCACAUCGAUCCCAGGCAAGACAAUGGAACAGAUGUUAUGGGACUAGAUAAAUAAAAAACUAAAGGAGGAUAAUGUUAUUAAUGCAAAUCAACAUGGGGUUAUGGAAAAUAGAUUCUGUCACACUAACUUAUUAUCCUUCUUUGAUUAAAUUAGAAGGGUGGUUAGUAAGGAUAGUAGUGACAACCCAAUAUACUUAGGCUUCUGUAAGGCAUGACUUGGUGUCACAUGACAUUUUGAUUAAAAAACCAGAACAAUACAAAAUUAAUAUGGCACAAAUUAAAUGGAUUAAAAACUGGCUAACUGAUAGGGCUCAACAUUUAAUUGUCAAUAGGAAAUUGUCAGGGAGUGGGUCUGUUUUCAGUGGGAUCCCGCAGGGACUGGUUCUUGGCCCUAUGCUAUUUAAUAUUUUUAUCAAUGACUUGAAGGAAAACACAAAAUUAUCAUUGAUAAAGUUUGCAGAUGACACAAAAAUUGGAGGCAUGGACAUAAUGAAGAGGAUGGGUCAUUCAUUUGGAGCAAUAUAGCUAGCUUGGUAAAAUGGGCACAAGUAAACAACAUAUAUUUUAAUACAGCUAAAUGUAAACGUACACAUCUGGGAACAAAUUGGGUAGGUCGUACUUACAGGAUGUGGCCUCUAUCCUAGUAGAGUAAUGACUCUUCAAAACAUUUGCGGGUUGUGGUGGAUAAUCAGCUAAACAUGAGCUCCUACUGUAACGCUGUAGCCAAAUAAGCUAACACUAUCCUGGGAUGCAGAGACAAGGGAAUCCCGAGUAGGAGUAGCAAGGUUAUUUUACCUCUGUAUUUGGCACUGGUGAGACCACUGCUGGAAUACUGUGUUCAGUUCUGGUGCCCACAAUUCAAAUGAUUAAAGGAUUAGAAAACAUGCCUUAUGGUGAUACACUCAAGCAGCUCAAUCUAUUUAGUUUAACAAAGAGAAAGUUAAGGGGUGACUUGAUUGUAAUCUAUAGCUAUCUACAUGGGGAACAAAUAUUUAAUAAUGGGCUCUUCAGCCUAGCAGAGAGAGGUGUAACAUCAUCCAGUGGCUGGAAGCUGAAGCUACACAAUUUCAUACUAGAAAUAAGGUGGAAGUUUUUAACAGUCAGAGUAAUUACCCAUCGGAACAAUUUACCCAGUGAUGUGAUGGAUUCUCCAUCACUGACAAUUUUUUAAAAUCAAGAUCGGAUGUUUUUUUAAAAGAUCUGCUCUUGAAUAAGUUCCGUGGCCCGUGUUAUAUAGGAGGUCAAACUAAACGAUCACAAUGAUCCUUCUGGCCUUAGAACCUGUUAGUCUAUUUAAUAUAAAUCCAAGUCUAUUUUUCAACAUUUAAUAUACAAAAACCAAGACUUAACUGUAUGAGCUUGACUCACUGUUAAAAAUGCCUUAAUCUUGAAGUGUAGUUUUUGUUUUGUUUCGUAUUUGUACUGAUUGACUUGCAUUCAGUUCAGAACUAAGCAAAGGUGAGGAGGACUCCAAUACUUUUUGAACUUAUUCAGUCAUUGCUCAUUCGCAUUUGCUAUGUUGUUUUGUUUUUGAAGUAACUGUGCCAAGAAAUUUCCCCAGAAACAAAAUCCCUUUGGCCUCAAAAUAGAAGAAUUUUUGCACACACUAGUUUGAUAUCAAAAUCUUAGGCCUGGUCUACACUACGGGUUUAGGUCGACUUUAGCAGCGUUAAACCGAAUUAAGCCUGGACACGUCCACACAACGAAGCCCUUUCUUUCGACUUAAAGGGCCCUUUAAACCAGUUUCUUUACACCACCUCCGACGAGGGGAUUAGCGAUAAAACCGGCCUUUGCGGGUCGGAAUUGGGGUAGUGUGGAUGGAAUUCGAUGUUAUUGGCCUCCGGGAGCUAUCCCACAGUGCUUCAUUGUGACCGCUCUGGACAGCGCUCUCAACUCAGAUGCACUGACCAGGUAGACAGGAAAAGACCCGUGAAGGUUUGAAUUUCAUUUCCUGUUUGCCCAGCGUGGAGAGCACAGGUGACCACGCAGAGCUCAUCAGCACAGGUAACCGUCAUGGAGUCCUCCCAGGAUCGCAAAAGAGCUCCAGCAUGGACCGAACGGGAGGUACGAGAUCUGCUCGCCAUAUGGGGAGAUGAAGCAGUGAUAGCUGAACUCCGUAGCAGUAAAAGAAAUGGAAAAGUAUUAGAAAAGAUCUCCAAGGCCAUGAAGGACCGAGGCCAUAACAGGGACACACAGCAGUGCCGCGUGAAAAUUAAGGAGCUACGGCAAGCUUACCACAAAGCCAGAGAAGCAAAUGGAAGGUCCGGGGCAGAGCCGCAAACUUGCCGCUACUACGCGGAGCUGCAUGCGAUCCUAGGGGGUGCAGCCACCACUACCCCAACCGUGUGCUAUGACUCUCUCACUGGAGAAACACACAGGGAAGACGGUUCAGGGAACGAGGAAGAUGACGAUGGAGGUACUCUAGGUAGCUCACAGCAGCAAGGAAGCGGAGAAACCGGUUUCCCCAACAGCCAGGAUAUGUUUGUGACCCUGGACCUGGAACCAGUAACCCCCGAACUCACCCAAGACCCUCAGGGCACACAGGAGACCUCUGCUGCAAAUGUUUCUCCUUCGCAGAGGCUCGUGAACAUUAGAAAGAGAAAACGUAAGACGAGGGACGAGAUGUUCACGGAGCUGCAUAUGUCCGCCCUGGCUGAUAGAGCACAGCAGAAUGCGUGGAGGCAGUCAAUGUCGGAGAUGAGAAAAGCCCAAUAUGAACGAGAGGAGAGGUGGCGGGCUGAAUCGCGGGAAGAACAGAGCAAGUGGCGGGCUGAAGACGAUAGGUGGCGUCAGCUUGCAGACAGACGGCAAGAGGCAAUGCUCCGUCUGCUGGAGCAUCAAACUGAUAUGCUCGAGCGUAUGGUUGAGUUGCAGGAAAGGCAGCAGGAGCAGAGACCGCCGCUACAGCCCCUGUGUAACCAACAGCCCUCCUCCCCAAGUUCCAUAGCCUCCUCACCAAGACGCCCAAGAACACGGUGGGGGGGCCUCCGUCCACCCAGUCACUCCACCCCAGAUGAUCGCCCAAGCAUCAGAAGGCUGGCCUUCAAUAAGAGUUAAAGUUUUAAAAUGCAGUGUGUCCUUUUCCAUCCCUCCUCCCCCACCCAUCCCAGGCUACCUUGGCAAUUAUCCCCCUACCUCUGUAAGGAACUAAUAAAGAAUGCAUGAAUGUGAA